AAAAACAAUUUCAAUUCAAACUGAAAGUUUAUUGAGAGCGGUCUAAAAUGAAAAUUAUCGGUUUCUUCUUGAUACUUUCCCCGGUCUUUAGUGCUGCUCAAACAAUUGAGUUUGAUUACAGUUGCUGUAAAGAAAAGGUUGUAAAGAUUAAAGCUGAUGAACGUUCUGGGAUAUAUAUUCUGAAUGCAACGGUUGAAAGAUUAUUACUUCCUGAACCCUGUCAUAAGGGUUGCCUGUACACCAAGACAGAUGAUCCUUCAGGAGAGUUGUUUUGCUUUGGAGAUGGUGAUAUUGGUUCAGAGUGCAGGGUACUUGAUACUGUAUAUUUGUUUGGAGGCACAACUGGUAAAGCUGAGGGAUAUCCUUGUGAUAGAGCUUUUUUCAAUAGAGAGAGUAAAAUAGAAGCCGCAGGGAUAACGGAGUACAAUGGUUCCUACUAUGUUUGUGGCGGAUGGGUAGGAGGAAUAAGAAGUCCUUGGUGCUUGACUAAUCUGGUUUCACCUACUAGCUUCAGUCAUCUAGCUGUGAUGGACUUAGAGAAAGAAUAUAUCACGCUGAACACUGUCGGGGACAUGAUAGUAAUGACUGGUGGAGCUGGUUACACAGAUGAGUAUGAUAUGAUUGAGAUUUUGAAUGGUAAAAAAUGGGAGUUAUUAAUGACCAUGACAAGCCCAAGAGCCCAACAUUGUGGAACAACUGUAAGUAAUGAGGAGUUCAUUUUGAUCGGAGGAUUGAGUGGCACAAAUGUCCUGUCCACUACUGAACUAUACAAUAUCAGAACUAAACAAAUUCAACCUUUGUCCAGCAUGCCAACACCAAGGUAUGGAUGUGCAUGUACGUAUCAUUCGAGUGACAUCUACGUUGCAGGAGGGUUAACAACUUACAGUUCUACCCAAGCUGUGAACACUGUAGAGGUGUAUAGAGUUGAUACUGGGGUUUGGCAAACUUUCAAGAAUUGUAUCGAUGGUUCGCAGGAAAUGAAUACUGGAAGAAUUCGGUUUACAUUAGAUGUAGUUAAUGAAGUUUUAGCAGUCUUUGGUGGAGAAAGUACUGAAGCGAUCCAAUCUAUGGAAACUUAUUCGGAAGAAGAUGAAAAAUGGAUUCAAAAGACUACAAAGUUUGAGCAUAAGGAUCAUCUGUCCAUCAUAAUACCUUGUAAUUAAAAAAAAAACUUAUUCUUGGGAUGAGAAAAUAACAGUAAUAAGCAUAAUAAUGUGUUUUUUUUAAUAAUUCGGAUUUAAUAAAAUUGAUUUAUUUAUUA